GUGUAAACAUGGUGACAAACAGAUGAGACAGACGCCAAAAUGGUCUUCGAAAGCCUGGUUGUAGACGUCCUCAACAGAUUUUUAGGGGACUACGUUGUCAACCUUGACAGCUCACAGCUUAAGCUCGGCAUAUGGGGAGGUGAUGCUAUUCUUACAAAUCUUGAAAUAAAGGAAAAUGCCUUGAGUCAACUUGACAUUCCUUUUAAAGUGAGAGCUGGACACAUAGGACGACUGGAGCUAAAGAUUCCCUGGAAGAACUUGUACACCCAGUCAGUGGAGGCUACACUCGAUGGUGUCUAUCUGCUCAUAGUCCCCACAGCAAGUAUAAAAUAUGAUGCAGAAAAGGAGGAGAAGCAGCUGCAGGAGGCUCGCCAGAGGGAGCUACAGCGGAUAGAGGAGACAAAGCUGAAGGCUGCAGAGCAAGAAGACCCCAAGCUAGAGAAGCAGGACACCUUUGUGGAAAAGCUUGUCACUCAGGUCAUCAAAAAUGUGCAAGUCAAGAUCUCUAACAUCCAUGUCCGCUAUGAAGAUGAUGUCACUAAUCCAAACUGUCCUUUGUCAUUUGGAGUGUCACUUAAAAACCUCAGCCUUCAGACGUCUGAUAAAAACUGGAAUCCCAGCCUUUUGGAUGAGAACGCAAAGCUCUUUUUCAAGCUGGUUCAGUUAGACAGCUUGUUUGCCUACUGGAGCGUCAACUCAGUACUCUUCUCCAAUCACAAUGCAGAGGAAGCUUUGCGAUGUCUCAAGAAUAGCAUGGAAAUCGACAGCUCUUAUCCUGUCGACCAUGAUUUCAUUUUUCGUCCCAUCUCAGCGGCUGCUAAACUUCGCAUGAAUCCUCGGUCAGAUGUGGACUUCUCUUCUCCUAAAGUGGACUUGAUGGUCAAUCUCAGUGAAGUGGCGAUUGAACUUAACAGACCCCAGUACAUUAGUAUCCUGGAGCUGCUGGGCUCAGUGGAUAUGAUGUCACGGAACCUGCCGUACAGGAAGUACAGACCUGUUGUCCAGGUCCACAAGAAUGCCCGUGUAUGGUGGAGGUAUGUCAUCACAAGUAUCCUGGAAGUGGAUGUAAAGCCUCGUCUCCACAUGUGGUCAUGGCAACACAUUCGUCGACACAGGAUCGUGGUGAAACGCUACCGGGAGCUCUACAAGACCAAGAUCACCAGCAAGAAACCCAGCGAGGAGUUACUCAAGCAACUAGAGGAGCCGGAAAAGACAUUGGAUAUUUUUAACAUCACGUUGGCUAGACAGCAGGCUGAGGUGGAGGCGAGCAAGGCAGGCCUGCGUAUUUACCGUCCAGGGAUGAAGAUGGAAGAAGAAGAGUCUCAGGGUUGGUUAAGCUGGGUGUGGAACUGGGGAGGAGAGCCUGAUACACAAGAAAAAGAGGUCAAGACUGGAGGAUCAGGUUUUGAUGAGCUGUUAACCUCUGCUGAGAAAGCCAAACUUUACACUGCCAUUGGAUACAGUGAGACUGCUGUCAAUUCCAAUCUGCCAAAGGACUUUGAGGACAUGAAGGUCAACUUCCACAUGGAGAAGCUGUCCGUAUCCAUCAAAGACAACAAGGACAAAAAUGAGAUCAUCACACUGACUGUGGGAGAGCUCAUGUCCACCCUCACACAGAGACCUGGAGCACAAGCCAUCAAAAUCACAGCCAAGCUUAGUUUGUUUGAGGUCACAGGUCUGGCCGAUAAGCGGCCUGCACCGACCCUCCUGUCAUCAAGGAAGGCGGCUACAGGAACAGGGACCCCGCUGCUUAGUAUUCUAUUUGAGACCAACCCAAUGGACGACAGUGCUAAUCAGCGUCUUCAUGUGGAAUCACAGCCGCUAGAAAUAAUCUAUGAUGCUAUUACAGUGAAUGGCAUGUCAGCAUUCUUCAUGCCUCCUGAUGACCUGCAGCUAGAUGAGCUCACCAAUGCGACCCUGAUGAAACUGGAGCAGUUUCGAGACCGCACAGCAACUGGUCUAAUGUAUGUGAUCGAGACCCAGAAAGUUCUUGACCUGAAGGUGAACUUGAUGGCUUCUUACGUCAUCAUUCCACAGACCGGUUUCUACAAUGCAACUCAGAACAUCCUGCUGCUGGAUCUUGGACAUUUCAAGAUGUCCAGUCAGAGCAAGAAGCAUCUACCUCAGCUGUCGGCGGGCUCCAGCAACAUUGAAGACAUCAUGUCCAGAGCCUACGACAGCUUUGACGUUCAGCUUAGCAGCCUGCAGUUCCUUUAUAGCAAACCAGAUGGUGACUGGAAAAUGGCCCGUAAGCAGAAACAGUCACCACUCCACAUCCUGGAGCCAGUAGAUCUUAAAGUGGUGUUCAGUCGGGCAAUGGUUGUCAAAGACUCACGUAUGGCAAAGUAUAAGAUCUCUGGAGAGCUUCCUCUGCUUUCUCUUCGUAUCUCUGAUGAUAAACUCCGAAGCGUUCUGGAGCUGGUAGAGAGCAUCCCUUUACCAGAGAGCAAACCACGCAGUGCUGGUCCAUCCUCAACUCAAAAGUCAAAGCAGUCGUUCACCCCCCAGCUCACUCCCAGGAGACCUCUGAACUUAGCCGACCAGCGCUCCUCUCUCAUCUUCGAGUCAUGUGAGACCAUCAGCAUCACUUCAUUGGGGUCAGAAGAAGAUUUGUUCUACGAUGCUCCUAGCUCUCCACUCGGUGAUAAAACAUUCUUCCCAGACAAUCCCAUGCCCCUGCGCUACGCAGACUUGCACAAAAGAAAAAGUCUGAUCAAGGAAGACACUCAGAAGAACAUGACUGACUUCGUUAUGACAUUUGAAAUCAGUGAGUUUUCUGUUCAGUUGUGCCGUCUGUCUGGGGAUCAGGAGGUCACAGUGCUACACUUGGACAUAGAGGGUCUGGGCACGGAACUGAAACUGCGCACCUUUGACAUGACAUCGAACACCUACCUUAAAGAGAUCUGUCUCAAGUGUCCUGAAUACAUGGAUUCUGAAGAGAAGCAGGUUCAGCUGAUCACAACUCUAGACAACACAGAGGUUGACCUGCUAACCCUGGAGUACAUUAAAGCGGAUAAGAAUGGACCAGAGUUCAAGUCUCAACACAACAAUACAGAGCAGCUCAUCAAGGUGACCUUCUCAUCCUUGGACGUUCAUCUCCAUACGGAGGCUCUUCUAACCACCAUCAACUUCCUCAACAACCUCCUGCCUCCAUCCCCUAAGAAGGAGGGAGGGCAGGAGGAGCUCCCCACCAUCCCUGAGGAGGAAGAGGCAGAGGGGGAGAGGGAGGGGGAGAAAAAGGAGGAAAAUACUGUAGCCAAGAAAAAAACUUCAAAGAGUUCAAAGUUUGCAGACAUUGUGAAUCUCCACAUCAGAGCUGAUCUCCGCUGUCUGAAGGUUUUCAUUCGAGGAGAGAAAGCCAGGAUUUCUGAGAUCAGCAUUGAAGGUCUGGUUUCUGAGGUUCUGAUGAGAAAAAAGAACAUGGAAGUUCUGGCCAACCUGAAGAAUAUUGUGAUCCUUGACUGUGACAAUGACGCCUUUUACAAGAAGGCUGUGUCAAUAGCAGACAAGGAAGUGUUUGCCUUCCGCAUGGUGAACUACACAGAUGCAACAGAAGGAGAUGCCUAUUUGGACAUGUCUAACGUUGACACCGCCGUCUCACUGACUGUGGGAUGCAUCCAGGUCAUCUUUCUCAACAAGUUUGUCUCCUCCAUACUGGCAUUUAUCAAUAACUUCCAGGAGGCUAAAGAUGCCCUGGCUGAGGUGACAGUCCAGGCUGCAGAAAAGGCAGCGUCAGGUGUGAAAGAGCUGGCAGAGCGCAGCACACGGAUCGCUCUGAACGUCCACUUCAAUGCGCCUAUCAUCUUCCUCCCUCAGUCAUCCACUUCUUCCAAUGUCAUUGUGGCUGAUCUCGGCUUCCUCUCUGUUAAGAACAGUUUUGUCAAGCAGCCCUUUAAAGAUGAUGCAAAGAUCCCACCUGUUGUGGAUAGAAUGACAGUGAGACUGACUGACCUCAAGAUGUACAGAACCACAUACAUAAAUGAAGGAUUUCAGGGAGAGACCCAGCUGUUGAUGCCAGUCAGCCUUGACUUGGAAAUCCAGAGAAAUCUUUCAUCCAACUGGUACCACAGCAUACCUGACAUAGAGAUCACUGCUCAUCUUAAGCCCAUGAGUCUGAUCCUCAGCCAGGAUGAUAUGACAGUGGUCCUGAGGACUCUGAGUGAAAACCUGUCGGAGAAAUCUGAUGUUGUCCCCCUUCCAGCUCCUCCACCAACCACAGACCCCUCCUCUGACUGUGUGUCCAACAAAGAAUCCCAGGGCUCUGGGACCACUGGACCCGCCAGCAGUAACACAGUGGUGACAGCGGCUGUUGUGGAAACCCAGAAGAACAGUAAACUAAAGAGCACGCUCAAAUUAGACUUCAAGUUCGACUCCAUGACACUUGUCCUGUACAGCCCAAAUGGAAAUGAGAUACAGCAGUUGGACUCACAUGAUGAGCAGCUGAAACUGGCAGAGUUUACUCUGGGAACCAUCUCUACCUCCAUCCACAUGUUCUCUGACAGCUCCAUGAAAGCUUCAGUACGACUGGCAACCUGUCUACUAGAUGACAAGAGACCCAAAAUCAAGAUGGUCACCCCGAGGAUGAUGGAACUGUGUCCUGGUGCAGAACAGAACAUGAUGGUGGAGGUGAACUACCGUCAGGGCCGUGAUGGCACCACUUUGGACACAGUGGUGCAGGAUGUGUACCUGUGUGCCAGCAUGGAGUUCCUGCUCACUGUGGCAGAUAUCUUUCUCAAGGCCACCCAACAGGGCUUCGCUCAAGUUCCACAACCCAAGAACAGUACUGGAUCAGGAGAAAAGAAAAACAUUAACUCCUCUAUCACAUCUAAAGAGUCUACUGCAACUCAGGCCGUUGUGUCAAAGACAGAGAUGAAUGUCUGCGUGCGAAAUCCAGAGAUUGUUUUCGUGGCUGACCUGACGCGUGCCGACGCCCCAGCCCUGGUGAUGACCACACAGUGUGAACUAGUAAUGAAAAGUGAUGCAGAGGGUUCACAGAUGACUGCUGUUAUCAAGGACCUCAAGGUAGUGGCGUGUCCGUUCCUGAGAGAGAAGAGAAAAAACAAUGUGACCACAGUUCUACAGCCGUGUCAGGUGUUCUUCCAGAGUACUCAGUCCUCAACCUCCCCUCAGGCUAUGGAGGUGUCCAUCAAUGCUCUCACACUGAAGGUAUCUCCAAUCAUCAUCAACACAGUCAUCACCAUCCAGUCUGCAUUGACUCCCACAGCAGAAACUCCAGAGGAACUGGAAAGUCCCGUCCCCGUGGACAUGUGGGAGAAACGGGGCUGGAAGGAACUCAAACUCUGGUUCCUAGAGGAGGAGGGGGAUGAAGACAUAAAGUCACUGGUCCCAUUGAUACCACAGGGAGAGUCAUUACAGGUGACCAUCAAAUCAAUCUGUCUGACUCUGGAGGCUGGAGUGGGACACCGAACAGUCCCCAUGCUUCUGGCUAAGUCCUCCUUCCAUGGAGAUGUCACAAACUGGUCUACACUCAUUAACUUACACAGCGAACUCAACUUAGAGGUACACUAUUACAAUGAGAUGAUGGGAGUGUGGGAACCACUGCUGGAGCCCUUAGAGGAUGAGACAAGAGAUGGUUUCAGACCCUGGACAUUAAAACUGAAGAUGAAGAAGAAGCCAGUGAAGCACACAAGUUGGGCAGAUGAAGUUGAUUACAAUAUCCCAGACUACAAGACUGUCAUUGCCAUCAGCAGUAAGGACCAGCUCAACAUCACACUCUCCAAAUGUGGACUGGCCAUGCUGAGUAAUCUGGGCACGGCAUUUGCUGAGGCUGCCAAACAGACAGCUGAGUGCUUUCAGAAGGAUGAAGCUCCUUUUGUGGUGAAAAACCGCCUGGGCCUGCCAGUGUUUGUCUGCCACAGUGAGAUGUUUCGUCCCAUUGGCCAGCAGAGCACCAACCGCACAGUGGAGCUGCAAGACGGGGAAACCCUCGGGAUGGACUAUUCAACCACAACAGACUCCGACCAGUUCUCCGCAAUGACCUCCUUGAGUGGAAAAGACUUCUACAUACAGCCUACUCCGGUGGGCCAUACCUCAACCAGUGCGAUCCCCCUGAUCAAGGUUGGCAGGGGAAUGUACAGUGUAAUGCACAGAGAGUCUGGAGUCACUCGCUUCCUGGUCUGUCAGAUUUACUCUGUGGAGGGCAGCAAGUACAUCAAGAUCCGCUCUCCUUUCCAGAUCAUCAAUCAUUUCUCAAUCCCAUUCAAAGUUUUUGAGGGGUCGACAUGUUUGGGUACAGCUCUCCCUACCGAGGAGUUUUGUGUGCCUCUGGACUCAUACAGGUCUGAGCUGAGCAUUCAGCCAAUAACAGAGGAAGACGCUGACAAUCAGGGUGUGCAGUUUGAUUGCUCAGAGGGCUUUAGUUACGAAGAUGUCAACAAUCUGCAGCCUGACUCACGCCUCCAGCAGACCUGCCGUCGCCGUGGAGAACUCAGUGGUGUGCUGAUGGUCAACAUUGUGCCAGUUACGGACACUGUGACGUUCAAACAAACUGGGGUUGUGGGGGAACACUUUGAUGUGCCCUUUGUGCUUCACCUGUGGCCUCCCAUCCUGCUGCGCAAUCUGUUGCCUUAUCCCAUUGCCUACGAACUAAAGGACAGUGGAGCCUCUACCCCUGAAGCCACUCUGAACCCAGGCCACUCUGCCCAGCUUCACACUGCAGUUGUCGACCAGUCAAGUCUCAAUCUCCGCCUACUUAAUUACUUGGCUCAGGAUUGGUCCUCUAAAUACAGUCUCCGUAGUGAGCAGGAGGAGAUCACCUUCAUCGUGUUCCAGUCUCUCCGAGAGCCCGAGGAGGAUGAUGGUGAAGGGUCAGAGAGAAAGAGGGAAGAGUUGGAUAUAGCAGUGCAUGUUAAAUAUGACCUAGGACAGACAGUGGUUGCUAUCCAUUCACCAUAUUGGAUGAUGAAUAAGACGGGCAGGUUGCUGCAGUACAAGGCUGAUGAUAUCCACCGCAAACACGCACUGGACUACGACAUGCCGCUGCUUUUCUCCUUUAAACCUCGUUACUUCUUGAAAAACAAUAAGGUCCAUCUAAUGAUCUCAGACAGCGAGCUGUCAGAUGCAUUUUCCCUGGACACAGUUGGUAGCCAUGGAGAUGUGAAAUGUAAAGGCCGAUACAAAGAUUACCUGGUUGGUGUAAAGAUUGAUGCGAGCAGUUUCAGUCUGACACGCAUCGUGACCUUUGUGCCGUUUUACAUGCUGGUCAACAGAACCAAGCACACUGUCUACAUCUGUGAGGUGGGGCAGGAAAACUGGACCGAGGCUCAACCAGAACAGUCAGCCAUACCUUUCUGGCCUGAGAACGACACCAAGCUGCUCAAAAUCAAAGUACAGGGUUGUUUAUCGCCUCCUCGGAUUAUUGACUUCACACGACCAGAGAACUGCUUAUUGCUGCACCUGGAUAACUCUGUGGGCGGGAUCAUUGUCGAUGUGAACCUAUCAGAGCACUCUGCCACAAUCAGAUUCUCUGAGUACCAUGACGGAGCGGCUCCCUUUCUCAUCAUCAACCACACCAAAGACCAGACUCUGCAAUUCCAUCAGAGCGCCCGGACAGAAACCUCGUGGGUGGCUGAUGAGCUGCUCGAUCUCUCCUUCUCAGUGGAGGAGGACAGCUCUCAGAAGGAAGUGGAGCAGGAGGAGUUGGAUCCUGGGAGAGCCAUGCAUUACACCUGGGCUGAACCCACUGGGUCAAGAGAGCUUUGCUGGAAGUGUGGAAGUUACAGUGGGAAGCUGAAGAGUGAGGAGGACCUGUGUGAGGAUAUGAACAAUGAGAGGAAGCUGUUUGUGAUCUCCUUUUAUGAAGGUCUCCAGCGUGUUGUGCUGUUUACUGAGGAGCAUCGUAUCUACAAACUGUUGUGUGAGAGUGAGAAGGCACAGCUGGCUGAACAGGAAAUUAUCCUGUCCCUACAGAACAUGGGCGUGUCUCUGGUCAACAACACUAGCAGCCAGGAGGUCUCCUUCAUCGGGAUCACAAGCUCGGAUGUGGUGUGGGAAUUAAAGCCUAAGAAGAAGAGUCGGUGGAAGACUCUGAGCACUAAAGAAGUUGAGAUGCUGGAGAGCAGCUUCAAAGAGUACACCGAAUCCGGACCCAUUGACAACGCCAUCGUCGACCUUGAAAACAACUACCAGGUGAGCUUUACUCCCAACGGCAUGGAUAUGCGGAUGCUGCAGCCAUGUGAUGCUCCACUCAGAAGGCACUUCCUGCCUGGGGUGAAAGUGGAGUACAGUGUCUCACCACGACAGAGUUCCUACCGCAUCCAAAUCCACCGCAUACAGAUCCAGAAUCAGCUGCCAGGAGCCAUCUUUCCCUACGUUUUUUACCCUGUGAAACUGCCAAAGUCGAUCACCAUGGAUGCAGAACCCAAACCUCUAACUGAUAUCAGCAUCGUUACCAGGACAGCAGGACACUCGGAUAUCUCUCGCAUCAAAUACUUCAAGGUGUUGAUUCAAGAAAUGGAUUUGAAGCUUGAUCUGGGCUUUCUUUAUGCCAUCCUGGACCUGUUCACCCCUGAGAACGCCAGCAUCAUGAGCUCAGAGCAGGAGGUGGAACUGUUUGAGAAUGACAUCGAGAAUAUGAAGACAGAACUGAACAGCGUCUCUGCUGCGGACACUUCUCCUAUCAGCCUCUAUGAGUACUUCCACAUUUCCCCCAUCAAGCUGCACCUGAGUUUCUCUCUGAGUUCAGGAGGGGAAGACGGCUUGAAGGAGAAGCGAGAUACAGAACUCAUCCCCGUCCAGUCCCUAAACCUGUUGCUGAAGAGUAUUGGAGCCACACUCACUGAUGCACAGGACGUCGUCUUCAAGCUGGCCUUCUUUGAGUUGACCUUCCAGUUUUGUACCACUCAGCAGCUUCAAUGGGCGGUCAUCAGACAUUAUUCUAAACAGGCUAUUAAACAGAUGUAUGUGCUGGUGCUGGGCCUGGAUGUACUUGGAAAUCCUUUUGGGCUGAUCAGAGGACUGUCUGAGGGGGUGGAGGCCUUCUUCUAUGAGCCCUAUCAGGGAGCCAUCCAGGGGCCGGAGGAGUUUGUCGAAGGAAUGGCUCUUGGGGUGAAGGCUCUGGUGGGGGGAGCCGUAGGGGGGAUAGCAGGUGCAGCCUCCAGGAUCACAGGUGCCAUGGCAAAGGGUGUUGCUGCCAUAACGAUGGACGAGGACUACCAGCAGAAGAGACGAGAGACUAUGAACAAACAACCCAGCGGCCUGAGAGAGGGGCUGACCAGGGGCGGAAAAGGAUUAGUGUCCGGAUUUGUCAGUGGUAUCACAGGGAUUGUGACCAAACCUAUCAAAGGAGCACAAAAGGAGGGUGCGGCAGGCUUCUUUAAAGGUGUCGGCAAAGGUCUGGUUGGUGCUGUAGCCAGACCUACAGGAGGCAUCAUUGACAUGGCCAGCAGUACCUUCCAAGGGAUCAAGAGAGCUGCAGAGACUUCACAAGAUAUUCAGUCUCUGCGUCCUCCUCGCUUCAUCCACGAGGACAGAGUCAUACGACCAUAUAAGGAGAGGGAGGGCAUUGGCAGUCAGAUGCUGCAGAAAAUUGAGAACGGACGUUUUGCGAAGUACAGAUACUUUGCUCAUGCCAAGGUCAAUGACUCCGACUUCCUGAUGAUUACCAAGAGGGGCAUAUUUUUCGUGACCAAAGGCACAUUUGGCCAGUUGACCUGUGAGUGGCAGUAUCUGUUUGAAGAGUUCACCAAGGAGCCACUGAUUGUAGAGGACCGCCGACUUCGCAUCGAGGCCAAGGAGAGAGUAAAGUCUGUCUUCCAUGCCAAAGAGUUUGGGAAGAUUAUCAACUUCAGAACCCCCGAGAUAGCCAAGUGGGUUCUCACCAAACUGGAGGACGCAAGAGAGUUUACGCAAAACCUGACUGAGAAAUGAUCUGAGUGAGAAAUGAUCUGAGUGAAAAAAAACAAACCCACAAUGAACACACGAGAACAGUGUGUGUGUGUCAGUGCCUUUGUCCUUUACUGCAUGCUCGUUUUGUUCACCUCUAUGUGUGAGUAGUGGUAAAAACACUCAACAAUGCUGAUAGCGUGUGUUGGGGGGGUGGGGGGUGUAGUUUAUAUGUGUGCAUGCUUACAGCAGUGCUACAGUAUAAAUGAACAGUUAAUUUACUUAUAAACAUUUACCACAGAUGCUCUGAUUCUGAAUGCAUCAAACCAAACAUUGUCUCACUGUCUUUUGCUGUGAUAUACAGUAUAAUUGAUUUUAACAAAUUCUUUUAUAGUACCUAAAACUAACGCUACGUCUGAGUUUACAAGCACACCUCAUCAGUAUAUGCUUUAGUCUUAAACGCUGAGUAAAUUGGAGAAUUUUCCAUUUCCUAGGCCUUCAUGUUGUCAUAGUUCUGCUGCCAUUUUCAGUCAAAUGCACUUUUUAGUUGUAUUUGCUUUCAUGAUGUAUUUGCCUAUAGAAAUGUGUAUUUUACACUGUAACAGCUACAUUAGUGAGAGACAAAUCUUGAACAUUUUUGUAACACUGUGUCGACAUACUUUAUAAUGUUGUUUAUUUACUGGAUUACAUAAAAGGGAAGUUAAUUUCAAUCUUGAGUGUGGCUUUAACACAUCAUUUAAAAUGCACAGUCAGUGAAACCUGUUUUCUUUUACUUCACACUUUUCUUAUUUUUUAUACAUUUCUGCAAGAUAAAGACUGUUCUGUGUGUGAUUUAGAGACGCAUGCUAUUUUUAUACUGUACUUACAUCUAUCAAUCUGCUGUAUAUUGAUCUAAUAAUAUCCUGUAUAUAUCCAUCCUCACACAGUAGUCUGUAUUAAGACGUUGCAGAUUGUAAUGUGUGAUUUUUAUGUUUUUAUACCACACAUAUGCAAUGCCAACUAUGUUGAUGAAAUAUGCAGAGAAAUGUCUAUUUAAAAGAAGUGAAUAAUAAUGAUGAGGAGCUGCUGUUUGCUCUGACGUAUAUUUUAAAAGUUUGCUUUGGGUUUGGGGUGCAUCGCAGUUUAAUAAUUACUAAAAAUGUCUCUGUUGCCAUUAGUUCUUGUCUUUUUUGUUUUCGGGGAGCAAAAUGUUCACUGCAGUGGCUUAUUUUUUUCUCACCGUUUUCAAAAAAAUAAAAUAUGUGUUUCAGAUUUCA